AUGAUCUGCAUUCACAAGGCCAAGUUACUGCUUGACAAUUUCUAUAACAGUGUCUGGGGAAAGUAUGAGAAGCACCAUCACAAUGCCCAGGAGAAAAUCAUAGAAAUGAUUCUUGCUCAGCAGCAUUGCUGGCUGCAUGCUUAUUUCAACUUCAACUUGGCAUACCUCUGUAUUAGAGGGAAUCCUGCCAUUAAAAUAAGCAAUAGGCAACUAUAUGGCCUAAGGUGGAUGGAAUUCCAGGAUGUUAUUCUGUACCAUAGGGGCCAUCUGCAACACAAGGCCUUUCAAAAUUUUAUGCAAAAAGUACCAAAUUUGGAAUCCCUCAAGAUAAAUUUCUAUAAUAUCCCUUUUGAGGAUUGGGCUGAUGAAGACUCUGAGAACGUGUUUGAUGGUUCAACCAUAUCAAUGGAGAAAUUGACUACCCUUGAGGUCAAAUACACUCCUAACACAGUUCAGGAAACCUUAACAAGUGUACCCAAGCCUGAACUGAAAUGCUUUACUUACUGGCCUCCAAUCAAUGUUGAUAUUCAGGAAGCUUUAGAGUUGUAUGCACUGCCUAACUAUACGUUCGAACGCUUAGAGACUCUUUCACUCUAUGAUGCAAAAUGGGAUCCCUUACUAGCUGAGCAUGUUCUCAGCUUUCUAAUUUGUAUACCCAACUUGGAGAGGCUUCAUAUGAAAGAAUUCCAGUUCACACCCAAUUUCUUCAAGGAGCUAGCUCCCCAGAGUGGAUAUGGACCACAGGGAAUCAGCAUCAUGUGUCCUAGACUUAAGGAAUUUAUCCUCGAAUUUCUGAAUUAUAAUGAGGACAGUCUGUUGAAAGGAAGGGAAUUGGACUGUUUGGUCUUGUUUUACAAUAUGGUUGAACAGUGCUGCAAUGUGCUUACACUAGUGGGGGACAUUGAAUUCAUACCUGACAAGGCUGACUCUGACACUAACACAAGACAAACUAAUCCCCCUUCCAUACACUUCACUGUCCCCAUGAGUGUAGAAGAAGAUGUAGGCAGAGUGUGCAAGUGUCUUACAGUUCAGACACAGAUAUUGUCCAUUCUGUUCACUGAUUGCAGACAGCUGACAGAAUCUGCACGUCUUGCACAAGCAGUGACCAAAGAGGAGCAGUGUGUCCUGCAUGUGUUCUAUUUGAUAGAAAAGACGUUCUCUGUUGUUGAAAACAUCUACCCAAGAGCAAAAGUGAGAAAUAUCUUAUUGGUUUCAAUUUCGGAUUAUGUGGAUAACAUCAUAUUGCACAAAAUUAUUCCACCUCACUCAGAGGCUAUGACUAUGGAGACAACAUACAAUAAGGGAUCAUUGUAUCUUUACUAUUUCUGUGUGAAAUCAGAUGGAACAAUGAUUAACAGUCAUUCUCAAGACCUGAAGAGACAGAAAGCACAGAUGAAGCAGAUGGUGCAGUUGAGUCUGCAUUGGGAACAGGGCUUGGUCACAGUGAAGGAAUGCAAAGGGAAAGAAGACAUCAGCAACCUGGCCAAAGAUGAAAUGGAAAGUAAGCUGCCUGUGAAAUUCAAGGCAACAGCUGUUGAGUUCAAGAUCCUUUUGAAGACCAAGAAUCUCUUUUGCAAUAAUCGAAUUGUUGCAAUCUUGCAAGGCAUAAAUGAGGACACCUGUAAAAAAAAUGAAUUAGGACUUCCCUAA